AAAAUGUAUAGUAUCAACAUUAAGCGAUUUCAGCCAAAUGAGUCCCAUCCGCUGCUGAAAGGACUGAUCUUCGUCCCAAUCCUGAGCUACCUUGACAAAAAGGAGGUACUCAAGCUCCAACUUCUCUGAAAGUUCUUCUACGAAGACCUGAUCGGAGUGACCUUGCUCUAAACUGGGACAACAAAAGAAUUGGUGUUAGGAAAGGCGAAUGGAGACUUGGCCCAACCCAGCGAUGUAUCACUAAAAUUAACACAAAGGAAGAGAAAAUCAUCAUGUUUUAUUCCUCCAAUGAUGGUGGAGAGUUUAUAGAUUUCCCCCUUCCUGAUGAAUUUGCUAAUAUACCUAUGGACCAGAUGACAUUGGUGGAGCCUAAUUCCAUAUAUGCUCUUGGGCUUGAUUUCCGAGGGAGAGACUGCUUCUACAAAUACGAUCUCUUGACCAGACAAGUGCAUGACAUGCAGUCACCAACUGUGGUACAUGAGAACUUUAAGCUAUGAUCUUCAGGAAGAGAAUACGUAUUUAUUAUUGGCACCUUGAGUAACAAAGUCUGAGAGAAAUAUUGAAUAGCAACCAAUCAAUGGACUCUACUUCCUUCCUUACCAGAAUUUGCCUUGACUACCCAUUGUUUUGCUGAUUUCAACUUUAUUAAUGUAAUUAUACAUCCCUUCCAAGUAAACCACAUGAAGAAGAAUGCUUAUUACAGGCUGAGCAUAGAUGACCCAAAGACAUGGGAGGAUGCAGGAUCGUCUGGAGGUGUAUCUGGCUUUGAUAAACCAAUAGAUCUAUGUGCUAAGUUACCUGUUCCAGCAAAAUAUCCUGCCAGGAUUGUUAAUCAUCCCUUCUACUACUUCAUAGACACCACCGGCCAAUUCGUGAUGAAAUGAGAGUAUAAAUCCCGUAAGAACUUCAGGAUGAUUGACAGUUACCGUUACUUAAACGAGAAGGAGCGCAAGAAGAAAGCUAAAAAGAUGCUUAAGCAGAAAAUGAAUAGUAAUAAGGAUUGAAUAAUUUUUUAA